AGAUGGCUGACCACAUGGAAGAAGACGAUGCAGAGAGUGUUUUGCCCGGAAUAGGAGAUCUGAAAUCGUUUUCUCAGGAAUCCUUAGCUGCUAUUGUCCAAGCUGUAAGGGAAUCUGGCAACUUGCCUGGGGCAGGAGAAGAUCAUGACUUUUACUACAGUUUUCCAGAUUUCAGGGAAUUUAGAUCAGCUCAAGGAGCAAGGCUGCUUAGCAACAUUGGAAAUCUGUUGCAUCAUUGGAAGGUUCAUUGUCAGUGGCCCUCAGAUACUCAUGCUAUUGAUCCAGAUAGCGAUGAGCUGAUUGACAGUCUUGUAGAAGCCAAUGACAUUCUUCUGGAAAGAGUGGACACAAACCUCGAUGAGGCUGCAGGCCUGAAGUCAGACAAAACAAACCAGACAGUUGCUGGAGCUCCUGGGCAACAAGGAACGCCAAUUGUGUCAAGUUGGAACAGAGCUAAGAAAGACAUCCCUGGAAAGAAAGAUACCAACUUCCGUUUUCUUAUGGCUAAACACAUUCAGAGACCACAACUGAAAUUUAAAGACAAGAUUGACAACAGCAACACUCCUUUCAUUCCAAUCAUCAAGAGAAAACCUAAUGCUUUAAGGUCCCUUGAAGUUGAUGAGACAAGCAGCAGUAGGCAUCUACCUGGAGAUGCACAAGUACCAUCAGCUAUUGCUGAUUUUGUGCAUCAGGAGAGAGUAAAAGGAAUAAGCAGCUCUUCUGCAAACAGUACAGCCCAUCCAUACCAAUAUGAACUGGAAGUGUUUCAACCUCCAGAAAAUCAGCUGAUGCUGCAUAAAGAGGAGCUGUAUGAUGAACUUGAGAAAACUCCAUUCACAUUGAUAGAAACAACAGAACAGCUUCAUGAGCUUUGCCAGCAUCUUGCAACUGUGACAGAGUUUGCAGUGGAUCUAGAGGCUCAUUCCUACAGAUCUUUCCAGGGAUUUUGUUGCUUGAUGCAGAUAUCCACACGACACCAAGAUUUUCUUAUUGACACACUGGAGCUGCGCAGUGAGCUUCAAAUCCUCAAUGACUAUUUUACCAAUCCUGGCAUACUUAAGGUUUUUCAUGGAGCUGAUAUGGAUAUUGGAUGGCUACAGCGAGAUUUUGGUAUUUAUGUUGUCAAUAUGUUUGACACAGGCCAGGCUGCUAGGGUGCUAAACUAUGGGAAGUACUCCUUGGCUUUCCUGCUGAAAAAGUUCUGUGAUGUCACAGCAAAUAAACAAUAUCAACUGGCAGAUUGGAGGAUAAGACCUCUGCCUUCAGAGAUGGUGCAUUAUGCCAGAGAAGACACACAUUAUUUGCUUUACAUUUGUGAUCGUCUGCAUAAUGAACUCAUUAAACAUGGAAAUGUAAAUAACAACUUAUUACAAUCAGUGUACUCCAGGAGCAGGGACAUUUGCUUAAAGCGUUAUGAGAAGCCCUUAUUUACCAGUGAAUCUUACAGAAAAGUAUUGGAGAAACAUAAGCGGACAUUUAACCCCGUGCAGAUGCAUGCCUUCCGCCUUCUGUUCACUUGGAGAGAUAAUAUGGCACGAGAAGAGGAUGAAAGCUAUGGUUUUGUCAUCCCAAAUCACAUGAUGUUCCAGAUUGCAGAAACCUUACCGAGGGAGGCCCAAGGCGUCCUUGCCUGUUGUAAUCCAGUCCCCACACUUGUUAAGCAAUACGUGAAUGAGAUACAUAUGUUGAUUGUUGAAGCAAAGCAGCUUGCUCUGACCACCAACAAGAACAUCUCUUCUUCUGGCACUUCAUCUCAAGUUGACUCAGGAAACACAACAGGGCAAAAUGUUCUGAUGAGUCCCAGUGUAUCUCAACCACCGCUGAUCGAUUCAGAUAAUAAACCAAACCUACCAACUGAUAAUGGAGAGUCUGCAGCUGUUAGUCACUCAGUGAGUUCAUAUGGUCGAGUUUUGGUGUCUGGACCCGCUAUUAUCAGAGCAAAUCCUACUGUAUCGCUAUUUAAGAUUGUGGAAGUUGGUCAGCCUACCGAUGGGCAGAAAAAAGCAGAAAAAAUCAAAGCUUCGUUUCAAAAUCCUUUUCAAAAAUUCCUUCCGGUGAAAAGCCGCUCGGAGACAACAGAAGGCCAUGCUGUUGUUGGUGACCUACAGAGUGACGAACAAACGCGCAGGAUAAACCAGCAGUGGAGACAAGCAACACAACUUCAAUCUUCAUCCACAAUAUCAGAACCGACUGUUAGCCAGAAGCAUUCUCACACAGAGAACGGAGACACGCCCGAGGACUUGACACCUCUGAGAGACAAAACAACUGAAAAGUCUGCUAAAAAGAAAAGAAAGAGGGAAUCUGGAGACUCCUGCUCAUCCAUGUCUCAUUACAAUAAAGACGAAGAAAUUUCUCCUUCACAUGAUUCAGUUUCUCAGCCUGGCAGAGAGUUUGUGCCUUUCAACUACUCAGAUGUGGACUAUUCAACAUUUUUAGGAGAUACUCAAAAGGAUUCGAGGGAAAAGGCAGUCGUUUUCAAUCCCUAUAACUCUUCGAAAGACUCCAAAUCAAAUGGUCCUCGAUCCAAAGUGCACAUGAAAUCGGGACACAGAAGUUUAACGUUUUCUUCCAAAAAGCCUUCAAGUCAGAAGCAGAAGUGGCCUCGAAGAUGACAGCAGUUAAGCCCUGACUUCAAGAGGAGAACUUACAAUUAUGCCUGUUUUGAAAUAAUUUGUGAUAGCUUUUGGACUGAUUUCACGGAAAUAGUACAUUUGUAAAUUUUGGCCGAAACUGAUUUCGCUCAAUUUCAGGCACUUUUUCAGUGAAUUCUUAUCGUUUUUCGGGGAGUGAGGAAAUUGAUUUUAUUGAAAGACACCAGAUUUUAAUACUGAAUGGCCGUACAUGGUUACCUCUUGAUAAACAAGAAUUUUACGAGCGAUUUAAGAUAAGUCGAUUUAACCAAUUCUAUUCCAAUGAGAAAUCCAUUUCAAACGAUUGUAGAAUCUUUUGUUUCAUUAAGCAGUAUUACAUUUUACCUGUCAAUCGAGUGCUUGUUAUACUGGGGAGAGGGGCUUAAUUACACCAAGUUACACGUGCUACACUAAGACACUUGCAAAGCG